AUGAUGGGGGGCAUAUGCAUCUCUGAGGGUGAGGAUACAUCUCCUGGGGGAGAUGACGGUACUUCUUCAGUUGAACGACACCCUCGCCUGAUUGGUUAUCCCCGGCCCCGACCCCACCCCGCCGGGGUCGGGGUCGGGGACCGGAACCAACGUUCGUCAACAUCAGCGAUCAACACGGCGGUAAUUGUUGGUUCGCUAAUGGGUAUUACUGUAACAUGUGCUGUUAUUAUUGCCAGUCUCUGGUAUUUCCAUUGGAAGAGGCAAAAUCAACCGAAGAAAAACAGUUCAAGCUCAACUCCUCGAAAUCGUAAUGAUAAAGAGGGCAGUGUUUUCUGUCAUAUGACAGACAAUUAUUUGCUAUUGAAUAAUUAUGACUCCUAUUACAGUUAUGUUAGAUUAUUGAAAGUAGAAAGUGAAGCAAAAUUACCAUCUUAUGCACAAGGUACAAUUGAUUAUACAAUUAAUGAUCCGCGUGGCCAAAAACUUGAAGAGUCAAAAGUGAGAUUGAAUGAUUAUGGUGCAUUUGACAUAAAAUUUAAAUUACCUGAUAAUGUUAACUUAGGUAAAGUUUUGUUCUCAUUUUCACUGCUUUGCCUUUAUCCUGAGGCUUCCUUUGUAAUACAUGUUACGUCUUAUAUAUUUUGCGUCUUUUUCCCUUCUCGUAUAUCUCGACGCAAAAUGCAUAACAUAUUUGAAAUUAGAGGUAACGACAAAUCAUUGAACGACAUUUCGUCGAAAGAUUUUUCAUCGCACGGACUUUUCGUCGAGCAACUUUAAAUCGAAAGGUUUUUCAUCGAACGACUUUUCAUCGAAUGACAUUUCGUCACAUGAAUUUUCCUAGAUAACUGAACGAUAACCAUAAAGUAAAUAGACGCACAAGAAUAACUAAAAAGUACUAUGAAUAAAGGUCGAAUUUUUCGACGGCGGCGUCUCAAAAUUCGGCUUACAUCUGUAUGCACACAUAUCAUACUGUUUGUUACGCUCAAAAGCAAGACAUUCUAUCGCUGUCAUUUUUUUUUAGUCUAUUGCUUUCAUUUUUUUAAUUGUAAUACUAAUAAUAAUAAUAAUAAUUUCAUUAUAAGUAUGGCUAGUUUUUUAUAAACUACCAAAGGCAAACGUUUACCGCGUUUUAAUGGUUAUGAAUAUGUAACUGAAAAAAAGUCCGGAGAAAAAACAUAUUGGAAAUGUAAAGAUUAUUGGUCAAAAAAAUGUAACGUUCGUAUUCAUACAUUAAAUAUUG